UUGCAAAAAAAAAAUUCCAAAAUUUUUCUAUCGCUUUACGUUUUUAAUACGCGUGUGUUAUAAAAAGUGUUAUACAAAAUACAAAAAAAAGUUAAAGUGCAAAAAUGAGUGAAACAGCAGCAAAUGAAGCAGGCGGCGAUGCUGCCACAGUUCCAGCAACUCCAGUUGCAGCUGGGAAAGCUGCAACGGAAGCGGAUACGGAACCUGGAACAGCAUCGAAAAUACCCAAAGGACCAAAUCGCUCCAAUAUUCCUACACCGGCAGCAUCAGUGACGGGUAUACCCGUCAUCAAGCAAAGGCCGCCCUCCAAUUUUGGAUCCAGCAAUUCAAUAUCGAAAAUCGGGCGGCCUUGUUGUACACACACAACACCCAAGUCAGGCCCUCCACCCAGAGACACAAACAGCAUGAGUCGUGAAAGCGAUGACAAUUUGAGUUCGAUCAAUUCAGCGUAUACAGAUCUCUAUCAAGAGACUGUAAAGCGCUUUACGCGCUCCUCGCUCUCCCCCACAUCCGAUUGGGAACGCUUCUCGUCCGGCCGCGGAUCGCUUAAAUCUCGAACAACGCCAACGCUGUCCGACAAUGGACGUCGCACAUCUUACGAUUAUUAUCUAGAGGCCACAGGUCGACGUCGCAGCUCAGAUCACAACAGCGCCGUGCUGACAGCCAACACAGAGCAGUUUAUAAUUGGCCAACGUGUGUGGGUGGGCGGACUUCGUUCUGGCCAAAUAGCCUACAUUGGCGAAACACACUUUGCCCCCGGCGACUGGGCGGGCAUUGUGCUCGAUGAACCAAAUGGCAAAAACGAUGGUUGCGUCUCGGGCAAACGUUACUUUCAGUGUGAGCCCAAGCGUGGCAUCUUCUCGCGUCUCACACGUCUCACCAUAUAUCCGAUGUCGGGCGCCAUCACACCCACCUCGCCCCUGGCCAAGAACUCCCCGGAACGUUCACGCACCGUCUCACCCACAGCGAGUGUGCGCAGCUCCAUGUUGCGCAGCCCUGGCAUUGGCAAAAACGGUUUGACAGUUGGUGAUCGCGUUAUUGUCUCCUCGGGCUUUGGCAGUCGACCUGGCAUCUUGCGUUAUCUGGGCGAAACACAGUUCGCACCUGGCAAUUGGUGCGGCGUCGAAUUGGACGAAGGCAGCGGCAAGAAUGAUGGUGCCGUUGAUGGCAUUAGAUACUUUGAGUGCAAACCGAAGUUUGGGGUUUUUGUGCCGAUUGCGAAGGUGUCGCUAUCGCCAUCCACUAAGAAGACGCGUCUGUCGCGCACCGGAUCGCGCGAAUCUCUAACCUCGAUUGGCACCAUGAACAGCAUUGCCACCACAAACACGUCGCGCAUGCGCAUGAAUGCUCAGCGCAAAUCGAGCACGCCCCUAAGGCCAAUUGUAACGACGCCAAAAAAUCAAUUUUCCAUGCAGGACUUGCUCCGUGAGAAGCAGAAUCAUGUGGAGCAGCUGAUGGUGGAGCGUGAUCUGGAUCGCGAGGAUGCCCAAAAUCAGGCGCUGCAGCUGCAAAAGAACAUCAAUGAGCUGAAGGCACGCGUUUUACAAUUGGAAGCGCAGUUGGGUGAUGAGCGUAAGAAAUCCGAAGAAUUGCAAUUCUCUAUCGAUGAGGCACAGUUCUGUGGCGAUGAGAUGAAUGCUCAAUCGCAGGUCUAUAAGGAAAAGAUACACGAUCUGGAGAAGAAGAUAACGCAGCUGGUCUCAGCCACGCCCAGUUUGCAGAGCGUGCCGCCUGUGGAGGAGAACGUCACGUUGACAGCGGCUCAAUUGGAAAUCACUCAACUGCAGGAGAAGUUGGGUGAGCAGGAGAAGCUAAGCGAGGCGCGUCUGGCCGAUUCCCUGGAGGAGGAGAAACGUUUGCGCGAGAACAUUGUGUAUCUGCAGAGUCAGAAUGCAACGUUGCAAACGGAGCUGGUGGCCAAGGACGAAAGUCUGGAGAAGUUCUCGCUGUCGCAGUGCGGCAUUGAGAAUCUGCGACGUGAACUCGCACUCCUCAAGGAGGAGAACGAGAAGCAGGCGCAGCAAACGAAGACAGAUUUCGAACAGAAACUGGCAGCUAAAGAGGAGCAACUAAAGCUGGUGAACAACGAGUUGCAGCAGCUCAAAUCCAGCUCAGAUACUUUGGAAAGCGAACGCGCAAAUGUCACCGAUGAGUGCGAAAUAUUGCAGACGGAAAUUCGAAUGCGCGAUGAGCAAAUCAAGGAGUUAAGUCAGCAGCUGGAUGAGCUGACAACGCAGCUGAAUGUGCAGAAGGCAGACAGUUCAGCGCUGGACGAGAUGCUCAAAGCGCAGCAGUCGAACAAUGUGGAGAGCAAGUCGCAAUUGGAGCAGCUGGAAAAGGAGUUGAAAGAAGUGCGAGCAGCUCAUGAAAGUUUGGCACUGGCAAAGUUAGCAUUGGAGCAGCAGCUGAGUGGCUUGCAGCAGACGGCGCAGGAGCAACUGUUGGCCAGUGGUGAUCACAAGACGCAGCUGGAGCAGCAGAGGGAAGCAAAUGCGCAGCUCAAGUUGGAGAAGGAAGCGCAGCAAGCGGAGUUGGAGAAGCUGCGCAAAGAACACGAGUUGCUACAGCAAACUCAACAAAAGCAGCUAGAGGAAAGCAAAGCAAAGAGCAGCGAAAAGGAAACACAGCUCAAAGCGGAACGCGAGCAGCUGCAGAAAGUGCAACAGCAGCUAGAGGUAGCGAACAAAGCCAAAGCAGAAUUGGAAGCAAAACAAGUGGAGUUAAAGCAAGCUGAAGAGCAGCUGCGUUUGCAGCAAGCAGAGCAGCUCACUAAAGAGCAGGCAAAAUCAACAGAGUUGGAAACAGCUUUAAAGGCAGCUCAACAGCAGCUGGAGCAGCUGCAGCAACAGGCGAACUUAAGCGGGGAGCAGAGCACACAACAACUAACCAAAUUGCAGGCGGAGUUGAGUGCAUUGCAGUCACAAGAGAAGCUCACACAAAGUGCUUUGGAAACAAGCAACAAAGAACUGAACGAAGCCAAGCAAUUGACGCAAGCAACGCAGUCCAAAUUGGAGCAGCAAGCAAUUGAAUUGGAGUCCAGAAAGCAGCAGCAGUUGCAAUUGGAGUCGCAACUUAAAGGUAGCGUGGAACAGCGCGCUCAAGACAAGUUGCAGUUGGGCGAUGUGCGUCGUCAGCUUGAGGCGCUGCAGCACAAAAGCGAAUCACAGCAGCAGCAUGAGGAAACGCUGCAAGCGGAGCUGCUUGCCACACGUGGCAACGUCACACAGCUCCAGGCAACGCUAAAGCAGUUGAACGAGGAGUUGCUGGCCAAGCAGCAGAGCUACGCAACGCUGGAGAGCAAGAGCAGCGGUCAACAACUCGAAUUGGCCAGCGACAAUGAAUUGUUGCAACAGACGAAUGCGCGCUUGCAACGUGAGUUGCAAGAGUUGCAGCAGCAGCACGAAAAACUCCAAGCGGAGGCGACUCUAAAGCAAACACAAUUAGUUGAGCAGGAGCAGCUGGCCACAGAGCGUGAGUUGGCUUUGGGCGAUGCAAGUCGUCAACAGGAGCAGCUGCAAGCGCGCAGCCAAGCGUUGCAGCAACAGAACGAAACGUUGCAACAGCAACUCACAAAUCUACAAAGCAGCUCCACUGACUCCAAUGCAGAGUUGGUGAAACUCUCGCAGCAACUUGUAGAACAACAGCAGGCCAACGAGCAGCUAUCAAGCAAAGGCAACGAGGAGCGUGCGGCUCUGGAGCGUCAACUGCAGUCAGGACAACAGCGUCUGGAUGCGUUGUGUGCUCAAGUGGAGCUGUUAACCCAAGAGCUGUCGAGCAGCACAACGCAAAGUCAGCAGCUGCAGAGCAAACUGAAAGCAGAGCAAGAACUGGCAGAGAAACAAACGUUGGAGUUGAGCGAUGCCAACAGAAAGUUGGAGGCAGCUGGCAGCAAGAGUUCUCAGCUUGAGCAGCAACAAGAGAAGCUGCAGCAGGAGCUGAGCAGCGUGCGUGGCGAGCACAGCGAACUGACUGUCAAGUUGACGCAGCUGACGGAGCAAUUGAGUCACGCUCAAAAGGAGCAGAGUGCACAGCAGGAUGCCAGCAGCAAGGAACGCUUGCAACUGGAGCAUGAGCUGCAGGAGAUGCGUCAGCAGUUGCAGGCCAGUCAGGCAAACAUGAGCGAGACGCAACUGAGUGAAGCAGCACAGCGCGAGAAGCUGCAAGCGGAGGCGCAACAGCGUGAGGAAAAGUUGAAGCAGGAUUUGGCCAAAUUGCAGCUGGAGCAGCAGCAACAGAGCAGCGGCAACGAGGUGGCAAUGAAGGAGCUGCAAGAACGCCUCGAGAUCACCAACACGGAGUUGCAGCACAAGGAACAGUUGGCACGUGAAGAUGCACAAAAGAUCGCUGACUUGAAGACACUAGUCGAGGCCAUUCAGGUGGCCAAUGCCAAUAUAUCGACCACAAAUGCGGAGCUCUCCACAGUGCUGGAAGUGUUGCAGGCAGAGAAGAGCGAAACGGCGCACAUCUUUGAGUUGUUCGAGAUGGAGGCGGACAUGAAUGCCGAAAGACUGAUUGAGAAGCUGCAGGGCAUGAAGCAGGAGUUGCAGCAAACGCACAGCGCCCUCGAGUUGCAGCAGAGCAGCAACAAACAGUUGGAGGAGCAACUGCAGAAGCAGCAGCAAACCGAGCAGACUUUGCAGGGCACAGCUGCCGAGGCUGCUGAGCAACUGCGUCAGCUGCAACAGGCGAAUAGUGAGCUGCAGGAAACUGUGCAACAAAAGCAAUCAAGGCUUGACGAAGUCGAGCAACAGUUGCAGCAGCAACAAAGCCAAUUGACAGCCCAAGAAAGCAGCAGCUCAGAGUUACAGCAACAAUUGCAGCUACUACAGCAAAGUGUGCAGCAGUUGAAGGAGAACAAGCAGCAAUUAGAGCAGCAAUUGCAAAAGUUGCAAACUGACCAAGGGCAGCUGCAACAAACGCUGCAGCAGCAGCAACAGCAGCUGGAGAAGGGCAACGAAUUUGAUGCUCAACUCGCCGAGUAUCAAAAGGUCAUCGAUGAAAUGGAUGAAGCUUCCAGCGCCAAGUCCGCGCAACUGUUGCAGCUACAAAAACGCAUCUCUGAACUGGAAUUGGCAGUGCAUCAAGCACAGCAAUCGGAGCAAAUGGUGCAGAUCGAGUGCCAGCAAUUGACUCGACAGUUACAGGCUCUGGAGCUAGAAGAAGCACGUGAGAUUAUGGCGCUGCGUGCCAAUGGCUCUUCGUCGAGCAAACCACAGACACAAGAGCAACUGGAUACGGAAACCAGUCUGGCCAAGAUCAACUUCCUCAACUCCAUCAUAGCGGACAUGCAGCAGAAGAACGAUGCACUCAAGGCCAAGGUGCAGACGCUGGAAACGUUGCCCAUGGACUUUACCAAACCGCAAGCUUUUGAUCUGCUCAGCAAACGGAAACCGGCGCCACGUUUAUUCUGCGACAUUUGCGAUGAGUUUGACAAGCACGAGACGGAGGAUUGUCCACUGCAAGCUAGCGAAGAUCGCGACUAUUCACCUCCGCCACCAGCCGAGGCCAACAAUAAUGAAAAGAAGGAGCGCAAGCUGCCAGCACCACGCAAAUACUGCGAUUCCUGUGAAGUCUUUGGACACGAUACCAGCGAAUGCGCCGACGAUGAGACCUACUAGAUUUAAUACGCAAUAAUUACUUGGUUGUUUUAGACACAAAUUUGUAACGAUAUUUUAAUUGCCAGUUGGAUAAUUUGAUGUACAUCAUGCAUCAUGCCAAAUACCUCAGCGGUGACCAAGGAAGUCUUAACUAAUCUUGCGGAUUGGCCUUUUUUUAAAUUGUUUUUUAUUUAUUUAUAUGAAUAGUGAAAUUAAUGCUAUUGUUUUCGUAAAUUUCAUGUAAAAAGAAAUAUGAGUAACUAAAUUUAA